AUGGCGGUGCCGCUGCCGCAGCAGCCAGACCGCCCCUACCCCUCCGGCAGCCUUGUCUACUUCCACCUCCGUCUCGCUAAACAUAAUGUACACGCAAAAUCUGCACAUAGAAUGUUUAUUGGCUCUGUUCAAACAUCUGUAGUUGGCCUAUCCCAUCGGUUUCACAUGCCAUCAGAUGCUGGCAAACAACUAAGAGCCUUAUCUGCAUUUCUUGGAAAAUGCCGUGAGAAUAUGCAUGGGACUACAGAAGUGAUCUUGAAGAGGAACACCAAUAUACCUGCAGAUGCUAAUGCUGUGAGUGUCCUUAUUGCUGAUAUGGAUAAAUUUACUGAGGAAGAUUCUGUCCAACUUGGUUUCUUGCCUAUUGAGGUUGCUAAGUGGGUAGCUCCCCUCAGUGACUCAGGAUUCUUCAGUUUCUCUGGAUUUAUCUACCCUAGAGAAGCCCUGGAGGCUGCAUAUGGAGUUACUAAUACUAAAGUGCAGUUGCUUCUAUACGUAUCAAAGGGUCCAGAGUUUUCUCAAAUUUCAGGGCUGAUAAGCAAUGAGCAUUUUCCACCACUCUGCUCACUAAUAGCAUCCUUGCAGCGGUGCCUUGGACUUUGGCAGUUAGAAGAGUUUCUAAGGUUCUGCUUGGAAUGGAAGAGUUUCACAGGGAACCUUCAAUUUACAAAGGAACCAGGAAAAUUUUCUGCCUUCCAAUCAGAGCCUAAAACAGAAAAAGAACUGUACAUUCAUCAGAAUCAAUUCAGCUUUUACACUUAUUUCUUGUUGCUUGGUGCUUCAUCCAUUGGAACUUCAAUUAAUCCACAGUUCAUUGCAAGCUUUGCUUCUGCUGCUGGUAAACGACCCCAUCAGGAUUUUGACUCUCAAGAAUCUGAUCCGGAGAAAACAUGGCAAAGACUGAGAUCUACCGGUAUAUUUCACUAUGCAAUCCCACAACCAUAUGCCAGGAUAGGGCAUCCUAUGCCUGUUAAGGUUGCUCAAAGACGCUUCAAGUCUUGUUUUGAUGAGCAUUCAUUCGGCUGGACUUAUUGUGGGUCUCACAAUUUCAGUCCGGCUGCAUGGGGACAGCCUCUAUCUCCUCCCUCCAAAGCAAAUCCUAGCGAAGCCAGAUCAGCACCUUCUGGUCCAAGGCUGCACAUUUGCAACUAUGAGCUCGGCAUCAUACUCAUUGCUUCACCACCAGGCAUGCCAAAGCUUGCAAGUGAAAGUAGGCACAGGAUCGAGGGCAUCGUCCUGCCGUUUGUCGUCCCUCCACCGCGAUAUAAGGGGAGUGAUAGGCCAGCGACUCGGCUGGCCAUGCGAGAGGCUGUGGCUGAGGCUUGUGUUCUGCAGGGUAACGGUGUUGUAGAUUUGUCAGAGGAUACUGACGAAGAUGUGCCAGAUGAAGACGAUGAGCAGGUGGUUGAGCUAUCUGAUUGUUCUCAACAAGAGAAGGAAGAAGAGAAGAUUUAUGCAGAGACGCUAUGGGGGCAGAUUGUGGUGUUGGGAGGAAGUGGAUUCGUUGGCUCUGCGAUCUGCAAAGCUGCUGUCUCUAAAGGCAUUGAGGUUGUGAGCUUCAGCAGGUCAGGAAGACCAUCUUACUCUGAUCCCUGGGUUGAUCAAGUCAAUUGGCUAGCAGGAGAUGUUUUCUAUGCAAGAUGGGAUGAUGUAUUGGUUGGGGCUACUGCUGUUGUGUCUACCCUUGGAGGGUUUGGCAAUGAAGAACAAAUGAAAAGGAUAAAUGGUGAGGCAAAUACCAUAGCAGUAAACGCUGCAAAAGAAUAUGGAGUCCCGAAGUUCAUUUUAAUCUCUGUACAUGAUUACAAUCUUCCAUCCUUUCUUCUUACCUCGGGUUACUUCACUGGUAAGAGAAAGGCGGAAUCUGAAGUCCUUUCCAAAUACCCAGCCUCAGGUGUUGUGUUGAGGCCAGGCUUCAUUUAUGGUAAAAGGAAAGUAAAUGGCUUUGAGGUACCGCUCGACGCUGUUGGACAACCAUUGGAGAGGUUGCUCUCCUCUGUUGAAAAUUUCACCAAACCAUUGAGCUCACUGCCUGCCUCUGACCUAAUCCUUGCACCCCCUGUGAGCGUGGACGAUGUUGCCUACGCUGUAAUCAACGGAGUCAUAGAUGACAGCUUCUUUGGGGUGUUCACCAUUGAACAAAUCAAGGAAGCUGCAGCCAAGGUAAGAGUGUGA